CUUGCUAUAGUGAAAGAAAGCCGAACAGAGCAAUCACGCCCCCUUAGAUAAACUCAGAGACUCAAUACUUCCUCUCAGUUCGACCCACCCACCAAUACUCACAUCCCGAGCAGUCAACUCAACUCCACUAUGCAGACUCCAUCGACUACUACUUUGACUGCUACAAAUCGCUUUACCAGGAUCUCGGAGCCGAACAGCGAUUCCUCACACAGCUAUCCACCACGCGAAGAUUCCAAUGCCGACUACUUAAUCCACCAAACCGCCGAUGUCAGGGACCUUGAGCUAGGUGUCUUCACUCCUGAGGAGUUGAAUGCAAGAUGGAGGGGGGGCAUAUUGCGUGUCCUCCUUUCCCCCUAUCUUCCUAUGAUACUUUGGAUCGUGGCAUGGUUAUUUAUAGUCAUAGUACACAUAUUCGCGCGAAGUAGACGUGUGUGAGGGUAGGAAGCCUACUUAGGCGAGAGAAUCCGGGGAAAGGAAUGAAUCAGCAGCUGGGGCGAGGAUAACACACUUGCACCACAGGUUUUUAUCACUCCAUGUCAGUAAUAUUUCUCCAAAAGACUCAUCAAUGAGCUAUUAGUGGUCUUUAGUCUUAUGCUACAGUUG